GGAUCGCCAUCUCCAAUUGCUUCUGCUGUUUAUGUCUUUACCCAGCCUUGGCCAGCUCCAUAGCAACGGGGGGGCGGAAUGGGGUGCUGCGGUUAUCCUACAGUAUCACAGCCAAGGAACCCUAUUCCUACCCUUCCUUAUGCAUGGGGCUCUCCUGAGGCAUUGCUGUCAUCUCUGUAUUUCCAUUUCCCUACCGUUUCCAUUGCUCUGGACUCGGGUUCUGUCUGUUCCGCACUUUAGUUUGACACGAUGACCUUGACCGCCUUCGGAUUGCGCCACUACUCUCGGGCUCGUGCAUCAUCUCUAACCUUCAUUCUUUAUAGGUCUUCGAAGAAGUCCUUGUCCCCCUUCCUUUAUCCUCACAAUGUCCAAGACAUUUUUUGCCAAGGUCAAGAGCGUGCUUUCCGGCGACACCUUGGUCUUGAUCAACCCCAACAACCCCAAGGCCGAACGCAUCCUCUCCCUCGCCUUUGUCGACGCUCCCCGCCUCAAGAAAGAAGGUGACGAGCCCUUCGCUUUCCAGUCCCGGGAGUACUUGCGGGAAUCGGCCGUUGGUAAACAGGUUCAAUGUACCGUCCUCUACACCGUCCCCUCGGGUCGUGAUUUCGGCGCCGUCCUUCUCUCCAGAGACGGGCCGUCAAUUCCGGAAGAGGCUGUCAAGGCAGGUUGGCUUAAAGUCCGCGAGGAUGCCGGCCGCAAAGAAGAGUCGGAAGAGAUUCUACAGCGUCUAGACAACCUCCGCAGCCUCGAGAGCCAAGCCAAGAGCGAGGGCAAGGGUCUCUGGUCCGGUUCCGGCGGCGUCAUCCAAGUCCAGAACGACCUCGGCGGUCCCGAUUUCUUGAACGAGUGGAAAGGAAAGACGGUUGACGGCAUCGUCGAGCGCGUCCUGAGCGGUGACCGGCUCCUGGUCCGCCUCUUGCUCUCGGACAAGAAGCACGCACAGGUCAUGACGCUCAUCGCUGGCAUCCGGACGCCGUCUACCGAGAGGACAAUCCAAUCUACCGGCCAGGUCCAGCCCGCGGAAGAAUACGGCAACGAGGCGAGGGCCUUCGUCGAGGAGCGCAUGCUUCAGCGCCGGGUCAAGGUGGAUGUCGUCGGGGCCAGCUCUCAGGGCCAACUGGUGGCGAGCAUCAUCCACCCCAUCGGGAACAGGAACAUCGCCGAGUUCUUGCUGCAAGAAGGCCUGGCAAGGUGCAACGACUUCCACUCGACCAUGCUCGGCGAGAAGAUGGCGGCGCUACGUGCCGCGGAAAAAUCGGCCCAGGGCAAGAAACUCCGCCUGCACCAACACCAUGUUGCCAAGGGCGACGCUUCGCAGUCGGAUAUGAUUGUUUCCAAGGUCAUCAGUGCCGACACCGUUAUCGUUCGGAACAAGGCCGGCACCGUCGAGAAGCGGAUCAACUUUAGCAGCAUCCGAGGCCCUCGCACCAAUGAGCCGUCAGAGGCACCGUACAGGGACGAGGCUAAGGAGUUCCUGAGGAAGAAGACCAUCGCAAAGCCGGUGAAGGUCACCGUGGACGGCCACAAGCCCGCCUCGGACGGGUUCGAGGCUCGCGACGUAGCAACGGUGACCGAGAAGGGCAAGAACAUUGGUCUGCUUCUCGUCGAGGAAGGAUACGCAACGGUCAUUCGGCACCGCAAGGACGACACAGACAGGGCGCCCAACUACGACGAGCUUCUCGCGGCCCAAGAGAAGGCCAAGGAGGAGAAGAAGGGGAUCUGGUCGGGCAAGCCGCCCAAGAUCAAGCAGUUCGUCGACGUGUCCGAGUCGUUGCAGAAGGCCAAGAUGCAGCUCGCCGGUCUCCAACGGCAGAAGAAGGUCCCCGGCAUCGUCGACUUUGUCAAGUCGGGCUCUCGGUUCACCGUCCUCGUGCCUCGCGAGGGCAUCAAGCUGACGCUGGUCCUGGCCGGCAUCCGCGCGCCGCGGGCGCCGCGGAACACGGGCGAGGGCGGCGAGCCGUUCGGACAGGAGGCGCUGGAUCUCGCCAACCGGCGAUGCAGCCAGCGCGACUGCGAGUUGGACGUCCACGACCUGGACAAGGUGGGCGGUUUCAUCGGCGACCUGUACAUCAACCGCGAGAGCUUCGCCAAGAUGCUCGUUGAGGAGGGCCUGGCGUCGGUGCACACAUACUCGGCCGAGAAGUCGGGCAACGCCAGCGAACUCCUGCCGGCCGAGAAGCGGGCCAAGGAGGCGAGGAAGGGUGUCUGGAAGGACUGGGACCCUUCGCAAGACGAGGAGGUCGAGGAGGCGGCGGCGUCGGCGGCGUCGGCCAAGGAAACCGAGUCGCCGGAGGCGUAUGAGAACAAGCCCAAGGACUACCGCGACGUCGUGAUCACGGACAUGGACGGCAACGGCAGGCUCAAGCUGCAGGAAAUUGGACAGGGCACGGCGGCGCUGACGACGUUGAUGAACGAGUUUAAGAAGUUCCACCUGGACUCGAAGAAUGCCAAGCCGCUCGGUGGCGCGCCCAAGGCGGGCGACGUGGUCGCGGCCAAAUACUCGGCGGACGGGCAAUGGUACCGGGGCCGGAUCCGAUCGAACGACCGGACGGCCAAGGUGGCGGAGGUGGUGUUUAUCGACUACGGCAACGCGGAGAAGAUUGCGUGGGCCGACCUGCGGCCGCUGGACCAGCCGCAGUUCAGCACGCAGAAACUCAAGGCGCAGGCGGUGGACGCGUCGCUGUCGUUCGUGCAGCUGCCCACGGCGCCCGAGUACUUCCAGGAAGCGCAGGAAUUCAUCGCGUCACGGACGGGGGAUAGGGAGCUGGUCGCGAGCUUCGACUACGUUGACAGCAAGGAGAACGUGAGCUACAUCACGCUGUACGACUAUAACUCACAGGGCGGGAAACCGGGGCCCAGCGACUCAAUCAACAAGGCGGUGAUAGCGAGCGGACACGGCAUGGUGCCGAAGAAGCUCAAGGCGUGGGAGCGCAGCGGGCAGCAUGCCGCCUACUUGAAGCAUCUCCGGGAGGUGGAGGCCCAGGCCAAGGAGGAUAGGCUGGGCAUGUGGGAGUAUGGUGAUAUCACCGAGGACUAAAGAGGAAUGAGAGAUGAAGAAAACGGGAAACCCCAAGGGGACGGUAGCAUAGGAUGUCACGAGAAGACUUUGUUCAGAUGAAUUCGGGGAAAAAGCAAUGUCAUCCUUUUGAAUUUGGGGGGGGAAACCCGGGGGGGGGGGGG